AUGAGGAGCCAGGGGCUCAGGGAGGAGCUAGAGAAGGCCUGGUUGAGGGGCCAGGAGCUGGGGGCCCGGCUGGAACACCUGCAGAGUGAGCUCGAACAGGCGGGUCUGGAGCGACAGGCGUUUCUGCGGGAACAGGAGAUCCAGCAACAGAGGUACCAGGGCCUGGAGCAGCGGCUGGAGGCUGAGCUGCAGGCGGCGGCCACGAGCAAGGAGGAGGCGCUGAGGGAACUCAAGAUGAGGGCCCUGCAGCUGGAACAGGAGCUGGUCCAGCUGCGCCAGGGCUCCGUGGGACGGGGGCCGGAGGGGCACGAUGAGCUGAGGAUCCCGGGGGCCCAGAGUGGGCGGCUCAUCGAGAUGGAACGCAGCAAUGCAACGCUGGUGGCCGAGAAGGUGGCUUUGCAGGGGCAGCUCCAGCACCUGGAGGGGCAGCUGGGCAACCUGCAGGGCCGGGCCCAGGAGCUCCUCCUGCAGAGUCAGCGGGCCCAGGAGCACAGCAGCCGCCUGCAGGCUGAAAAGUCUAUACUGGAGAGGCAGGGCCAGGAGCUGCAUAGGAAGCUGGGGGUGCUGGAGGAGGAGGUGCGGGCGGCGCGGCAGUCCCACGAGGAGACCCGGGGGCAGCAGCAGGCUUUGCUUCGGGACCACGAGGCCCUGGCUCAGCUGCAGCGGCGACAGGAGGCCGAGCUAGAGGGACUGCUGGCCCGGCACCGCGACCUCAAGGCUAACAUGCGGGCGCUGGAGCUGGCCCACCGGGAGCUGCAGGGCCGGCACGAGCAGCUGCAGGCCCAGAGGGCCAACGUGGAGGCGCAGGAGGUGGCCCUGCUGGCAGAGCGAGAACGCCUGAUGCAGGACGGGCAUCGGCAGCGGGGCCUGGAGGAGGAGCUGCGGAGGCUGCAGAGUGAGCACGACAGGGCUCAGAUGCUGCUGGCGGAGGUGUCCCGGGAGCGAGGCGAGCUGCAGGGUGAACGCGGGGAGCUGCGGAGCCGGCUGGCGCGGCUGGAACUGGAGCGAGCACAGCUGGAGGUGCAGAGUCAGCGACUGCGGGAGUCCAACCAGCAGCUGGACCGACCUGGCGUGGGAUGGGAUGGCUCCAUUGAGACCCUGUCAGAACAUGAAGCAGAUGUCAACCGAGAGGACUAUGUGAACGGAGGCGAGAUGUUCACCCACCUGUACCAGCGCCAGCACUUUAAAGAGGCCGAGGUGCGCGUGUACGGGGGCGAGAUCGUGCUGGCCCUAGAGCACCUGCACAAGCUGGGUAUCAUCUACCGAGACCUGAAGCUGGAGAACGUGCUGCUUGACUCCGAGGGCCACAUCGUCCUCACAGACUUUGGGCUCAGCAAGGAGUUCCUGACGGAGGAGAAAGAACGAACCUUCUCCUUCUGUGGCACCAUCGAGUACAUGGCCCCCGAAAUUAUCCGCAGCAAGUCGGGGCACGGCAAGGCUGUGGACUGGUGGAGCCUGGGUAUCCUGCUCUUCGAGCUGCUGACGGGGGCCUCGCCCUUCACGCUGGAGGGCGAGAGGAACACGCAGGCGGAGGUGUCCCGACGGAUCCUGAAGUGCUCCCCUCCCUUCCCCCCCCGGAUCGGGCCCGUGGCACAGGACCUGCUGCAGCGGCUACUUUGCAAAGACCCCAAGAAGCGGCUGGGCGCGGGGCCCCAGGGGGCGCAGGAAGUCAAGACCCACCCCUUCUUCCAGGCAGGAAUCAAGAGGACAAAGGAGGAGAAGGGCAAAAUGGCACGUGCCAACUAG